GUUGAGAAUGUGAGGAGGGCACAGAUUAUUGAUCUGUCUCCGUGGUGAUGAAGGCUUGAUGUGGACGAGCUACAAACACAGAAAACCACAUGACAGUGUCACUUCUCCACUGGCAGUGACUUUGACGCUGUGGGAGUUCCCCGCUUGUGUGCUGUUGGGUCCCCGUUGCUCUUCUCCUUCCUUCGGCUCGACGCCAGGACAUUUCUAUAUUCUGUACAUCUACAGUAAGAAGAGUUUGAUCCCUGAAAUUAAAAAACCUUUUUUUUCUGACCCGGAAUAUUUUUUCAGAGGCGGAUGUAAUUUCCUCUUCAAGAAUGGAACAAAAAAACCAAAUCAGCUGUGGGAUCUUAUACAAGCUAACCAUUGUAAAUGAGUUUUUGACUAAAAUCGUCUGAAGGGACGCAGACGGAUGGACGACAACGCGCCACUCAGUUAACAUGAUGUCACUCUGGUCUUGAGCUGGCCGACCUGCCAUGACUGAGAUGCAGACAUUCUACCACAGCCUGCGUCGCCCUCCGAGCCUCUACCUGGAGCCCACCUUGAUGCAGAGACGCGUGCUGGAAGAGCAGGUGGAGCUGUGGUGGUUCCGAGAGCCACGCCACUCCCUGCUGUGCUACUGUGCCUCGGUGGCCCUCAUCAUGGCGCUGGGGCUUGGCGGCGUGGGCCUCCUCUCCACUACCACCAGCCUGUCCGGGGAGUGGCGACUCGGGGUGGGCACCAUCCUCUGCCUCCUAUCCCUCGCAGUGUUGCUCAAGCAGCUCCUCAGCUCUGCCGUCCAGGACAUGAACUGCGUGCGCAGCCGGCGGCGGAUCGAGCAGCUGAAGAGCGGCGGGAGGGCUGACCCGGCGCUGAUGCUUGCCGUGGGGGUGGCAGUGAUGCUCUGUGGGACAGUGCUGCUCUGUGUGGCCACAAUCGGCGACCAAAGUCACGACAGCAGGGACAUGUUGGCGUCUGGCCUGGUGCUGAUGGCCGCUGGGGCCGUCAUGGCACUAGCUGUGGUGGCCUACAGUGUGCUGGUCUACCUCAAGAGGCAAAGGGAGCAGAGGAGGAGGAGGAGGAUGAGAAUGAGCCGAGCGAGGAGGCUGGGGGGUCGAGCCGGCCUGGUGUUCAGUGUCUCGGGAGGACAGAUGAGCCAAACCUGGAGAGAGACGUCCUCCAGCAGGACCAGUCUGAUCUGACUUGGCUAAGUGGGCAGAAACACUCAAGGGAGGGGCGUCGGUUAGCUCAGGGAGUAGCACCGGCACCCCGCCGGAGGCUGGAGGCUGGAGUCCCCCUGUAGCGGCCAUGGGUUCGACUCCGACCCUGGCCAUUUGCUGAAUAUCCUCCCCACUCUCUCCCCCUUUCUUUCCUGUAAUUACUAUGAAUAAAAGUAUAAAAAUGCCCCAACAAAUAUCUUAAACAAAACAAAAGGAAACACUCAUGGGAUUAAAAGAGUCUGUGAAAGGAAGAUUACAUGAAAUCGUUCAAGCAGAAAUGAGAAGAAAGUCAAGGCAACAAAAGAGAGGAAUGUGCAGAAUUGUCAGCACCCAAGACAUCACAGCUCCCUUCAUCCAGUCUUUGAGUUUCCAUCAUCAUGAAACUGACGACUACUGAAGAUCAUCUUCAACAAAACGACCUGCUCGUCAUUUGUACCAGAGCAACAGACUGUUGA